UUCUCAUUUUUAGAAAAACAUUUUCAGUGCUUAGAAACUUCCCCAUAUUCGUCGUUUUGAAAUUUGAUUCACAGCUCACAGAACACAGAAGUUUGUGUUUAACGGCUUUUCUAAUUUGUUCAUACAUCUUUGUUGAACGUGAUUUCUGUUAGUGCUUGUUGUUUCAUAUUUAUGAAUAGAAUUUGCUCGCCUUGCUAUAAUAAUGCUAUCAACCACCACUCGGUUCUUUUGAUCUUACUUUUCUACAUAUAAAUUUGAUGUUUAUUCCAAAAACAUAAGUAAUUUUGUUUUUGUUGUUUUGGCAGACCUGACGAAUUCGUUAACCGACAACGCGAGAGACGCGUCUUGGCUGUUGUUCUGUGCUGCUGAUUCGUUGGUAAUUUAAAUCCUACGAAGGAAAAAUUUCAGAAUUUUUAGUGUUUUGUUAGUGCUUUUUAAACAGUUGUGAAAGAGAAUGGUGUCAAAAUAUGUCAAAAUGAUUAUUAUUGUUUAAUAUCGAAUAGACAACGUCAAAAUCAAUGAAAUUAUUCAUUGUUCCCAUAUAAAAGUAAAAUAUCAAUGCAGAAAAUGUCUUCAUUCGGAAAUUUAACAUUUUAUGGCAAAAAUGGAUUGAGUGAUCCUUACUCUUUGAGUUAUGGAAAAACCACUGUUGGAUCUUCUAGCAAUCAUCAUAUCAGGAUUAGAGGUGAUAACCAAAUAUCCUGUGUGCUUGAUACCAAUGAGUUUGGGGUGACAACUCUCAUAAAUGAAUUCGAAAAUGAAAUUGUAUGCGUCAAUAAUGUUCCAACUAUAAAGUACACAAUAUUGAAAGAUGGGGAUCAUAUAGAAUUUGGAAAGAAGAAAUUCAAAUAUUCAAAUCCUUCUUUGAAAGAAACAUAUGUAGAACAAACUCAGCAAACUCUGAUUACAAAAUAUGGAAUGUCCGAGAACUUGAGGACAAAAUUAGAUAUUUCUUCGAAGUUGCCAAUCCAACUCAAAAGUUUUCAGGCUGCCAACUCAAGUAAACGAAGAUUUUCAACUGGUUGUAAAAUAACAGAAGUUAAAAGUUCGCCUAAAAUUACAAAAAAAACCUCAAUUCUCUCGAGCCACACAAGUACCCCGCAAAGUGCUACUAAAGUACGCUUUUCUCAAAGAAUGGUUGCUAGAAGAAAUAGCACACUGGCUUCUGUGAAGGAAAAUGAAGUAUAUGACUUCCAAAAUCCAGUGGUUAACUUCGUUGCCAGUCCCAUUCCCAAGAAAAGGGCUUCAUUUUUGGCUGGAGUCGAAAGUCCCUUGGCCAAGAAAAAUAAUACUUUUGCUGGAAGUUCAAAAUUUACAAGUCCUCUACCUUCUAAAAACAAGACCUAUUCAGGAAAUAUUUCAGAUGUCUCUGACAAUGUAACCACUCCAGAAAAUAAUGUGACUGCUGCUGCUAUUACCCCAUUGAACGUAUCUAAAAAAAGCAAAAAGUCCAUGAAUAGGAGUAGGACUCUGUCCUAUGUGGAUUUUCCUGAUAAUUCGUCUACUCCAAAAUCUGCUAUUAAAAUGAAUAGAUCUAGCUCUUUGUACAAACCAAUUGUGGAAGAUAUCACACCAGCAUCGCCUUUACCAAGAUCUUCCUUGAGAAAUUCCUCACUCAAAUUACCUGCUUUCACACAAAGAAGAUCUGUAAACGUUUCAAGUGCAUCAGAUAACGAUAGUUUUAAUUUAGCACUAGAAGAAGAAACAUCGUUGUCAGGAAGAAAAAGGAGCAGAGAUGAAAGCUCUUUUGACUUUCCUGAAAAUGCAAAGCGUAGGAGGAGUAGCUCUUUCAAAGGAUUUGAUAAAGAUGAACAUGAUCAGAACUCUCUACAUGAUUCAAGUUUGUCAGGAAUACACAAUCUGUCUGAUAACUCCUUCAAUUCAAAUCAAAAUCAAAACUUAUCAGCUUCUAAUAGUUUGAAAGAUGGACAUGACCUUGAAGAUCAGUCUAUAGUUUCUUGGCAUGAGGAAAUGUCUCAUAACGAUCCUACUCAGUGUGUAGACUCUGCAAUGACUUUUGCAUCUUCGAUAUCAUCUAGAUCUAGAAGGAGUAGUGUUCAGAAACCAAGGGGAAAAUCGAAUGUAAGAUCGAAGAGUUUGAACUUGGACAGAAAAAUAAGCAAAUCUACUGAUAAACACUCUAAGACUUUGGGUGGCCAAUUGGAUUCGGCACAUGGGGUAUCAUUAAAUGAUCCUACUGAUUGUGUAGAAACCGCAAUGACUUUUUCCUCUUUUAUAUCACCCCGACCUAGGAGGUCUUGUGCUCAGGUAGAAAAGUCAGAUGUUAGAUCAAAAAGUUUGAACUUUGACAGAAAAAUCAACAGAUCCACUGGCAAGCAUUCCAAAACUUUGGGCGACAAUUUGACAUUGCCUGACGAGGAGAUAUCAUCUAAUGAAUUGGCAGAAUAUGCAGAAUCCUCAUCUUCCAUGUCGUCCAGAUCUAGAACAUUGAUAACGAAGACUAAGUCAAAUAUAAGAUCCAAAAGCUUGAACUUGGACAGAACAAAAAUCGAAUCAUCUGAUAAACACUCCAAAACAUUAGGGAAUGAUUUGAUUCCGGUUUCUUCUGAUGGAGAGAGCAUGUCUUCCCUACAGCCUUCUUUGUUUGACCAAUCUCUCGAAAGCUCCGAUGAUAAUGCACGCCAAAUUUCAUCCACACCUCUAGUUAAAACUACAUCUAAAAGUCUUUGUUUCAAGACCAAGUCUUCAGUUUUUAAAACAAGAUCAAAAAGUUUAAUUGCAAGGAGAGGACUAUCAGUUUCCUCAAAAACUACCAACCGAGCCUCUCUCAAUGUAUCGCCGAUUGCAGUUAGUUCUUCAGUGCUGAGAAGAUCGAGGAAUGGUUCAAGCAGAGCUCCGUCUGCAAGCGCAUCAAAAUCACGUGAACAUUCAACACUAAAUUCAACCAAAAAACUCUUUGGUUCCUUGUUAGAUGCUUCGUUACCUGAUUAUAAUGAUUCAACUAAUAAGCUGUUUGAAACUAACAAAGAUUCAUCAGCGCACACAGUCAAUUCAUUAACACCGCGCAGAUCGACAAGGGUGAGCAAAACACAAAAAAGUUUCUCUUCCAAGACUUCAUCACUCGAAUCAGACAUAUCCAUAGAUAAUUCAACUACAACUUCAGUCUUCAAAACACCAAAAAGGCCUUCUAUUUUGGAAAGUAAGUCCAGCAGUUCUUUCAUAACUUCCGAUAAUGAUUCUGAGUCCUUGAGAGUCUCCAAGUCUGUUUCUUUUUGUGAUUCUUCGUCUGUGGAAGAUGUUGCUUUGGAUAUAAACAAAUCCACACCUGGGAAAAUUUUCAAAUCACCAAGAGCUAAAACACCCAAUAAAUUGGCCAUCGCUGGCACUCCUUCAAAACCUGUUAGUGAUCCAACUGAUGUACGUUCUAUGGAGAAAAUAUUCGAGAAAACCCUCGAAAAAUCCCCGAGAAAGCGAGUCACUUCUUCAAAUUCUUUAGAGAAAAGUCUGGCAAAUUUAGAUGAUCAAGAAUCAGAAACAUCCAUCAGUGAAAGCUUCAAAUCUGUUCCUGCUGGCAAAACGACUCCUCAUAAUAUGAGCAUAACUAGAGGGAAAAAAACGCCUAAAAAUGAUUCUACGGAAAUAGCUGGGGUGAAAACACCUCAGAAUGACCUCACCGACGUCGCGGGUGUGAGAGAAUUGCUGAGAACCCCAAGAAUGAGGAGUUCCCCAAAGAAUGAUCUCUCAAAUGUUGUUGGUGUGAAAAAUAUUAUGGCCACUCCAAAGAUUCCUAAUUCACCGAGGAACGAUCUAACUGAUGUUGUAGGUGUGAAAAAAUUGUUGAGAACUCCUAAGGCCCCACAAUCCCCUUACAAUGAUCUCACCAAUAUUAGAGGCGUAAAGAAGUUGUUGAAAACCCUUAAGGUCCAGAAAUCUCCCCAGAAUGAUCUAACAAACAUCAAGGGUGUGAAGAAACUGUUAAAAACACCUAAAGUCCAAAAAUCUCCCAAAAAUGAUCUAACGAGCAUCAAGGGUGUAAAGAAAUUGUUGAAAACCCCUAAAGUUCAAAAAUCCCCACGCAAUGAUUUGACCAAUGUCGCAGGAGUUAAAAAAUUGCUCAGAAGUCCUGUAGUUCAGAAAUCGCCCAAGAAUGAUUUAACUAAUAUCAAAGGUGUAAAGAAGCUGAUGACCACUCCCAAAAUUCAGAAUUCACCCAAGAAUGAUCUCACAAAUGUGGCUGGAGUCAAAAAGCUCAUGUCCACACCUAAAGAACAAAAGUCUCCGUGGAAUGAUUUAACUCAAAUUUCUGGACUGAAGAAAUUGAUGGCCUCUCCAAAACAACAAAAAACGCCUGAGAACAACCUUGCUGACGUGAAAGGGAUAAAAAGAAUUUUCAAGACUCCCAAAGCACAAAAGGAACCCAAAAACGACCUAAUUGAUGUGAGAGGUAUCAAACAAUUACUGAAGACACCAAAAAACAAAGCUGCUGAUGAGAGUCAUGAUUUAUCAGGUAUUGAUAUCUUGUUUAAUGAGUCUCAAGAAAACAGUUUCGAUAAACUACGUGACAAGAAGCCAGUUAGAACAUACGGUAAAUCUCCAAAGAUCAAUAAGAGUCAAGAAGUGCACGUGGAGGAAGUAAAAACUCCCGAACAUGUUCUCAAAUGGCUUGAAGACCAAUCGCAAAUUGAACACAUAUCUCCAAAAGAAAAAGUUGAAGUUAAAAGGGGAAAGCGCAAAUUGGCAGUUGCCUCUGAAGUAUUAGAAGAAACUUCAUCCUCACCUAAUAAGAAAUACAAGCCAACACCUAAAACCAGAUCAGCUGAUGCUAAAGAAGAUCAAAACAAAUCAAUAGAAUUGAAUCUUUCUUGUAGUGGAAAGCCAACCUCUACACCCAUAAUUAAAAAAAUUGAUUCCCUGAUGACAUCAAAAGUUGAGACAUCAGUUAACAAAAGGCAAACCCGCCAGAAAAACGUUUCAAAGUCUGAGAAAGUUGAAAUUGAACCUCAAACAGAAGUCAAAUUAACAAGAGGUAGAAGAAAACUACAACAGGUUGAGAAAAUAGAAAAUCCACCGAGCCCAAAAAGAACUAGAAACAAACCGGAGAAGAAUUCCACAAAAGUAAGCGAGAAAUUAGAUGAAUCUAGUCCAAUUCCAAUUGAGAAAAAAACAACCCGCAGCACAAGACAAGCUAAAAAGAAGGAUGAUUCUGAUGAGAAAAUUCCAGAUGAAACAAACACCAGGUCAUUAAGAGGAAAAAAACAAAUUCAAGUGAAUGAUGACAAUGACAAAAUUGAAGAAAAUGAGAAAAUUCUGGAUGAAACAAAAACCAGGUCAUUAAGAGGAAAAAAACAAGUUCAAGUGAAUGAUGACCAUGACAAAAUUGAAGAAAAUGAGAAAAUUUUGGAUGAAACAAAAACCAGGUCAUUGAGAGGAAAAAAACAAAUUCAAGUGGAUGAUGACAAUGACAAAAUUGAGGAAAAGCCAACCAAACGGACAAGAAGCAAAAAAGAAACCGAAAGUGAGAAUCCUCCGAAAGAGGAAAAUCAAAACAUUGUAAAUACCAGAACCAGGAAUAAUACUAGAAGUAAAACUAAUGUGAGUUUGAAUGAUGAAGUUGAGCCAAAUAAAAAACGCAAGGCAAAUAAAUCAGAAGUUGAUCAAGAUAGUAAAAACAUUGAAGAUGAACCUGCUCCUAAAAGAAGAGGCAGGAAGAAAAAAGAGGAAGAAGAAAACAUCAAAGAUAGUGUAAGUGAAGUAACUAAAAAAAGUAGAGGAAAUAAAGGAAAGGAAAUUGAUGAGAUAAGUGCUGUUAUUGAAACUGAAACCAAAACCACUAGAAGAGGCAGGAAUACUAAAAAGGAGGUUGAGGAAAGUAAUUCCAUUACAGAGAAAGAUUCUCAAUCAAUAAAAAAAGCAAAAACCAAUACUAAAGAUGAUACUGAAAAAGAAACUUCUCGAAAUACUAGAGGAAAAAAUCAAAAGAAAAAUCAAGCCAAGAAUGAAAAGGAUUUGUCUGAAACUACAACACAAGGAGAAGAUGAUGAAAGUACAGAUGACAAAGUAAUAGUUAAAAAAAGUACAAGAUCCAGGAAAGGGAAAAAUCAGAAAUAUAACGAAGAUGAAUGGGAUACCCCAGUUAAAAAAAAACGAUUGGUGAAUUUUAACGAGGAUGUUGAAAUACUUCAAACACCAAAAGAAGAUUCCAAAACUGGUGUUCAGAAAAAAGGAUAGUGUUUAUAAGUAGUAAUUUUAAUAUAUUUUAGUUUUAUAUGUUGUAUAUGUUGAUGUAUAGAAAAAUACGAUUAUACAUAAGAAUUUUUUUAAAUGUUUUAUUGUGAGUCAUCAUUCUUUAUCAAACAGGAUUUUUAAUGUAUUUGAAAUAGCAUCACUGUAAAAUAUGAGCAUACACAAUUUUUAUGCAUGUGUUAGAUUUAGCAUACCCUUUAAUGAAUUGAAUGGUCCAGCUGUAUAGCGUUAUAAAAUCUAAAUAUAUAUUUUUAUAAAGCAUGAAACAGUCAUUAAUG